AUGGUGUUCCGUGGUUUUGUAAGAACUAAAUUUCACUCGAAGUAUAAACAAAUAUUGGUUUUAAGCCUUAACAGUGUGCAAAGCAGAUUAAAAACUUGUGCCUGCCCAACAAUGUCGAAGACUGCGCUAGUAAUUUUGGCAAAGGGUGCCGAGGAGAUGGAGACUGUCAUCACUGCUGAUGUGUUGAGGAGGGGAGGAGUAACAGUGACUAUUGCUGGUCUAGAUGGCGCUGACCCCGUGUUGUGUUCUAGGGAGAUCACUAUUGUGCCGGACAAGGCUCUCGAUGCAGCUUUGGCUGAGAAUCCCAUUUAUGACGCUGUCAUAUUGCCGGGAGGUCUAGAAGGAUCGGAUCGCCUGUCUAAAUCAGUGGUAGUCGGCAAUAUUCUGAAGGAACACGAACAGAAAGGAAAGAUUGUUGCUGCUAUUUGUGCUGCACCAACAGCAUUCGUAGCCCAUGGCAUAGCUCAGAACAAGAAGGUUACAUCGUACCCUACCACGAAGGACAAGAUACCAGCAGACUGCUAUACCUAUGUUGAAGGAGAGAGAGUCGUGGUUGAUGGAAACGUUGUGACUAGCAGGGGUCCCGGCACAGCAUAUUGGUUUGGAUUGAAACUAAUUGAAUUACUGACUGGCAAAGAUAAGGCUGACCAAGUAGAAAAAGGCAUGAUAAUCACUGGAUACUAA